GUUAGCAUUGAGGAGGAGGAGGAGGGGGAGGAGGAAUAUUCUCAGCCAUUCCUGACGGUGACGGGAUAACCCCGGCUCUCUCUGUCUCUACCUCCCCACCCUCCUCCCUAUCUGUCCCCACUCGUCCUCUCUCUCUUCUUUGUUUUGGGUUUAUUCCUUUUCCCUUCUCGCUCGGGUAUCUCCUCCCACUACGCAGUACAGCGCCAAAAGGUUCGAAACGACAAAUCAAAUCGCUGUGGAAGAGAGCGAAAGAAUAAGCAAGGGUCCUUCUUAAUUGUAAGAAGGAAACGAAAAGUAGGAGGAGGAGGAGGAGGGGGAUGAAGUUUGGGAAGGAUUUCCGGAACCACCUGGAGGAGACGCUGCCGGAGUGGAGGGACAAGUUCCUGCGCUACAAGCCCCUCAAGAAGCUGAUCAAGCACCUCCCCCCCGACCCCCGCCUCGCCGCCGACGACGAAACCCCUGCCGAUGUUUCCGCUGCCGCCGCCGCCGCUCCCGCUCCCGCUCGGCUCUGGAUCGGGCUGGAGGAGUGGUUCGUAAGGAUGCUCGAUGAGGAGCUCGACAAGUUCAACGACUUCUACUUCGACAAGGAGGAAGAGUUCGUCAUCCGAUUGCAGGAGCUGAAGGAGAGAAUAGAGAAACUGAAAGCUAAUAAGAACGGGGCUUUUGCAUCAGAAAGUGAAUUUAGCGAAGAGAUGUUAGAGAUACGCAAAGACUUUGUGACCAUUCAUGGAGAGAUGGUACUUCUGAAAAACUACAGCUCCCUCAACUUUGCAGGGCUGGUUAAAAUACUAAAGAAGUAUGACAAGAGAACUGGAGGUUUGUUGAGUGUACCAUUCACACAGCGUGCGCUUCACCAGCCCUUCUUUACAACAGAGCCUCUGACGAGGUUAGUCCAUGAAUGCGAAAACAAUUUGGAGCUUCUAUUCCCAUUGGAAGCAGAAGUCAUGGACUCGGACUUACCUGGAAAGGACGGGACACGUAGUGGUAGUAGUGGUCACAGAACCUCAUGCGUUCAAGAGGAGACGGCUGAUGUUUAUCGCAGCACUCUGGCCGCCAUGAAAGCAAUACAAGGCCUUCGGAAGGCCAGCUCUACUUAUAAUCCUCUCUCUCUUGCUCAGUUCUUCCAUUGCCAAGAUGACGAGAAUGGUGCUGGAACUGUUACUACUGCAAAUUCCCCUUCUGGCUCUUUUACUACUUAGCAUCAGGAGGUGGGUGAAGAGAGCAUACAUUCAGGGGACUGAUGCGUACCAAACAAACUAGUCUUUCUGUUUUUCAAUUUUCUCAUGCUAUUUAAUAAUCAAGUCUGUGGCAUGAUUCCAUAACUCAUGUGGAGGUGUCCUGUUGGUAAACUGUACAGUUAUCCGUAUUUAAGAGUGAUCUUGUGGUGCUUUUGAAUUAGGUUUUAUUUAAGAGGCGUUGGAGUUAGAAGCUCUGCUCGAAAACUAUUUUACAUCUCAACAUCCUUUUUUUGUUUU